UAAACUGUCGUCACUUUCAUCGUCUACGCGAAUCAGUCAGCAGCAACCGAAGAAAUAUCCCCGGAAGACCCAACCGAGAGAGAGGAGAGAUGAGGUUGUUCGAUCCAUGGCCAGUGUUCUUCAAGAGGGAGUGGAAACGAUGCUGGCCGUUUAUCACCGGAUUCGCCGUCACCGGCGUCCUCAUCACCAAGCUCACGGCUGGACUCACUGAGGAAGACGCCAAGAACUCGAAGUUCGUCCAACAACACAGGCGAUAUAAACACACAGGUGAUCUACUAAUGUGCAAUGUUGAAGCUGAGAAAGAGAGAAGGUCCUUACGAAAACUAUUGAAGAAUGCUUCGGCUUUCAAACCUAUUCUAAUAACA